CCUAAAAAGACUCUCUCUUUCAAUGCCUAUGUGACAACAACUUCGCUAAGACUUCUUCUCCAUCUCUAUACCUAUCAGAAUUCUAGGUUUUCACUGCGGAAUCUUCCUCGGUUCGAUUUUGCGAGCGGAUUUAAUUUAAUGGCGGAUAUGAUAAGCAGAUUACCCGAUUCUUUGAUAACUCAGAUACUCUUGUAUCUUCAGACAAAAGAAGCUGUUAGGACUAGUGUUUUGUCGAAUAGGUGGAAAAGUGUCUGGCUUUUGAUUCCCAAGUUGGAUUUGGACUCUUCCGAGUUCCCAGAUUACAAUGCAUUUGUGGGUUUUAUGGAAAAGUUCCUAAAUUUCUCUAGGGAAGAGAAGUCAUGCUUGUACAAGCUCAGGCUAAGUAUUCAGAAGGGUGAGAGUGAUGAUCACUCUUGUGUCACGCGUUGGAUAGAUUUUGUGGCUACACCUAAACUUAAGCAUCUUGAAGUUGAGUUUGGUCCUGUGAAGCGUGAGUGUUUGGAAGUGAUGCCCUUAAGCCUCUAUAUCGGUGAGACACUCCUUUUCUUAAGACUCCAUCGGGUAUUUUUGGGUAAGUUUGAGUCUGUGUCUUUACCUUGUCUCAAGACUAUGCGUUUAGAACUAAACGUAUAUGCCAAUGAGACGGGUCUAGAUUUGCUUAUCUCAUCUUGUCCUGUUCUUGAAGAUUUGAUCAUAGUUAGAAGGCUAGAUGAUAAUGUAAAGCUUUUGCGAGUGCGCUCCCAGACAUUAACCAGUCUCAGUAUAGAAGCUGGUUCCAAUGAUGACGACGUUGAAGCUUUGGCUGAGGAAUUUGAAUAUGAAUAUUUGAGGGUUUUGAUUGAUACCCAUAGACUUAAGUAUUUGAAUCUCGAAGAGGAUAUAUGUGGGUUUGAUAUUCUUAGCAAUUUAGAUUCCUUAACCAAGAUUAAUAUUUGUGAGUAUUUUGACCUGGAGGAUAGUGCUGAUGAAGCUGACAUACGGAAGCGAUACAUGGUCCGUAAUUUUUUCACCAGUAUAUCCGGGAUUAGAGAUAUGAAGCUCUCUUUCGAGGCUUACGAGUUCAUCAUGCCUAUCAAGCUACUUUCACUCCAAUUUUGCACCUGUCCUGUUUAGAAGUACAGCUUUAUCUUUGCUCCCUGAAAACAGUACCAGAGUUUCUUAAAAGAUGUCCGAAUCUGAAAUCCCUAAUCUUGGAUUUACUUUAUUCCUCGGUGGCAGAACAAACAAGACUCUCGUCCGUGCCUAGGUGUGUGCGAUCAUCGCUCGAGUUUGUAGAGAUAAAACUCAUGUUCCAUGUAAAGCCUAUCGAAAUGGAACUCACAAGGUACUUUGCAAAGAACUCUGUAAUCCUCAAGAAACUUGUUAUUCGUUUGAAAGAUUCCGUUGAAGAAGACGAUCAAGCUGUGUUAAUCGCUCUUCUUACAUUGCCGAGGCGAUCUAGAAUAUGUAACAUAGAGGUUAUUGGACCGAGAAGAUGACUUUUAUGUUUAUCUGUGAUCAGAGUUUAGAUUGGAUUAAAAUCAAAAACAGUGUGGGGAUUUUGAUUUCGUUAAACUCUGUUAUUUGUGUUUUUGUGAGCUUUGAUCAAACAACUCUUGGAUGA